GCUUUCAUGUAAGACAGAAGCGACGGGAUCUGUUUACGCUUGCCAUCUUGACGCACCCAUCAACUUUGCCAAGAACAGGAGCAGGGGUAAAAAAAUACAGGAAGCCAUAACAUUUUACAUUCUGAAGACUGGAGCGGAUUUCAUUUAUGCGGAAAAUCCGUAACGUAACAGAUCAUCAUGGCAGAUAAGAUUAAAGACGCCAAGAUCAUCUUUGUUGUGGGUGGUCCCGGCUCUGGUAAAGGUACCCAGUGUGAGAAGUUGGUAGCCAAGUAUGGCUUCACACACCUGUCUUCAGGAGACCUGCUCCGUGCCGAAGUGGCCUCUGGCUCAAAGAGAGGGAAGCAGCUCCAGGCCAUCAUGCAGAAGGGCGAGCUGGUGCCUUUGGACACUGUUCUGGACAUGAUCAAGGAUGCAAUGAUUGCCAAGGUCAACGUCUCGAAGGGCUUCCUCAUUGAUGGUUACCCCCGUGAGGUCAAGCAGGGCGAGGAGUUUGAGAAGAAGAUCGGAGCCCCCGCCCUGCUUCUCUACAUUGACGCCAAGGCUGAGACCAUGGUGAAGAGACUGCUCAAGCGCGGUGAGACCAGCGGCCGCACCGACGACAACGAGGAGACCAUCAAGAAGCGCCUGGACCUGUACUACAAGGCCACGGAGCCAGUCAUCGCCUUCUACGAAGGCCGUGGCAUCGUCAGGAAGAUUGACUCUGAACCUCCUGCAGAUGAUGUAUUCGUGCAAGUCUCUCAGGCUAUUGACAGCCUCAAGUAAAGAGAACAUGACUGGA